AUGAAUCCAGAGUACGUUCAACAACCGUCACAUCGCCCUCGCGGCCCUUGCGCCAUGGGAAUGAGCCCCUGCGUCGGAAAGUCCUGUUUACUCCUUCGGUUUGCCGACGACACCUACACUGAAUCAUACAUCUCUACCAUCGGAGUGGAUUUCAAGAUCCGCACGAUCGAGCUCGAUGGCAAGACCGUCAAACUACAAAUCUGGGACACUGCCGGCCAGGAACGAUUCCGAACAAUCACAUCCUCAUACUACCGAGGCGCCCACGGCAUCUGCGUUGUUUACGAUGUGACGGAUAUGGACUCGUUCAACAACGUCAAGCAAUGGCUCCAGGAGAUUGACCGUUAUGCUACUGAGGGAGUCAACAAGCUUCUGGUUGGCAACAAGAGCGAUAUGACUGAUAAGCGAGCAGUCGAGUACACAGUGGCGAAGGAAUUCGCCGACAGCAUUGGCAUCCCCUUCCUCGAGACCUCUGCGAAGAAUGCUUCCAACGUCGAGCAGGCUUUCUUGACGAUGGCAAGACAGAUCAAGGAGCGGAUGGGUACGACGACUGUGAACAACAAGCCGACGGUGCAGGCUCUCGAGACGGACGAUGGCGAGGACGGCCUCAUGCCGACGACAAUGGCGCACCUGAAUGUGAGCAUGGGACAUGGCACAAGCAACGAUUCGACCGUUUGUACCACUCCCGCGCCUGCCAUCAAACGCGGUCUUGGCCCCAGGUUGCCAAAUCACACCAACUUUUCACUCUCAUUAUGCUCAGCGCAGUCUGCCGGUUCGGGAAGGUGGACGCCGCCUCGAAGCGUAGCACAGCCCACAACUUCCAACGAAAGUAACAGCACCAUCUGGCUUGUUGACCCUGUGACUGCAGAACCGCCAACAACGCUCUCGCCGCCUUCGACGAUCGAAGCGACCGCUUCCAAUACAAAGACAGUCAAUAGCCCGAGCACGACCACUGUUACUAUUUCUUCGUCGCUCAUCCGCACGCCUGUCUCUAGCUCAAUGUCCAUGCAGAUGUCGUCCACGCUGUCCAUCAUGUCAUCUACUGCCAGCAACUCGCUUCCAGUGACGAGCUCAGCGUCAAUCUCGAGCAUCCCCUGGAGCAGCAUAAUCGGUUCGAUUUCCAUUGGUGCCGAACCCUUUACUCCAGCUACGACUGUGACUACGACUGCAACGCCAGGCAGCAUGAGUAUGAGCCACAUGAGCCACUCGACCGCGAGCGACAGCUUGAUUACACAGAUCGCCACAACCUGUCGAGACUCGAAAGGAGAUACCUGUCUGUGCCACAACAAUAUCUGCAUUGGUGGCUUGCAGCCUUCUACCUCUUCUACACGCACGACAGCGACACCUCCAUCGUCGUCAAUCGGUUCUGCGAGUGCUACACAUUCGGCAGGACCUGCGGCACCUCCAUCCGUCGCAGCAAUCGCCGGUCCCUGCGCUCUAGCCGGCGUAAUCAUUGUCUUACUGCUUCUCCCGUGCAUCCUUCGUGGCGCGUCGCCCAACCUAUCCGCAAAGUUCAACCGCUUCUGCCCGCUCGACGACCUCUACCGCGGCAUCGCCGCGAUCUGGGCACGUCUUAGACUCACCCGUCGCCGCAAUCGGGACGUUCGCAAACGAAGUGUUUCAGGCGCAAGCUACCCAAUCAGUCCGUCGAAGGCGUCCGCAGCAGAGGAGGUUUCAAAGCAAGAGAAGCAGCGAGACUCGGCACUCAUAUCUGAAGAAAGCGAGGACAGCAGCUGGCUCGGCAAAUGGAGAAGAAGUAGGGAAAUCGAACUGGUGGAGGCCAAGCAGCGGCAGUUGAGAGAGAUGAACAACUGGGGCGGAACGGUCGGGCAGUUUGAUAGCGAAGUGGAGAGAGCGCGGGUCCUUGAACUCAGACGCGUCCGGGAGGAGAAGAGCGCAGGUGCAGGCGGAGUUGGGGGAUGGGUCGAUGGCGUUGGAAAGGCUGUCGGUAAUGAGCUUGCUGGCAAACAGGCACCGCAGACGAGGGACAGCGAUGUCUUUCGCUGA